AUGUCUGGUUUCCAGAGGCAGUGCGACACCCUUAAACGCAUUAUACAGAACUCAUCGAUAAGGCUCAUUUGCCCACAAUGUCUUCGAGGUUUCCCCCGUUCUGACGCCUUAUACCGCCAUUUCCGAGAACAGGAGGAUGAUAUCCACAAGGGCCUGGAUAUGAGAGACACGGACCAUAAAACGUUCCUCUCCUGUUAUCAAACGGCUAUUGGAGCUUCUAUUCCUGCUGUGGAGCUGCCCAUUGGCGUUAAAUGCUUCGAGGUCUUGUUUGUAGUCGAGCACUAUAGAGAAGAUGUUGAGAAGCAUCAGCGCAUACCCCCAGGCACGACCAGUCAGAGUGGUUCAACAUACAGUCCAAUGAACACAUUAACUGAGUUAGUGUUACCGCAUGGGCCUGAAUCGCUCUUGGGUACGGAAUUUUCGACCUCUGCUCACCAUUCGCAAGGCGAAAUAGUCGACGCUGAGAGCAUCAUGGAGUGGGACAACUGGUUACUUAGUAGUGUCGAUGAUAUCGAAUGGAAUGAAAAUUAG